CAUGUUUCCUCUUACAAGUGUUUAGUUGUUAUUAUUGACGAAUCACUCACAUGGUCUCCUCAAUUGAAAAUAAAGUUUUUCCAAAUUAUCCAUGUUAAAGGAACACGUUGCCUUGGAUCGAUAGAGUUUGUCGUUGAAAAGCGUUCUGUAACCGUUUGUUAUAAAAUGCAUAUGGGUAGAGAGAUUCAUAAAGAUUGACAUCAUCAUCAUGGAGGAGUGCUAAUUUUGAGGCAUUUGUAUACGCCUAUUAAUCUGCGCGGUCACUUCUUGUGGACAGUAUACUGCACGGAAUCGAGCUCACCUCACGUUUAAAAUUAUGUUAAAACUCGCGAAGAUUUCUGAUCAAGCUGUUUCAUAUUCUUUGUUCGUAUGAGAUACUGUUAAAACAUAAAGCUAAUAUCAUCAUGCCUGUAUAUUAUCUAUGUGCAAUAGUUAUUCCACUGUUACAUUUGCAAUCGGUUGUCGGGAAACUCACACCAUGGUGUGGUGUGAUUGACUAUGCUUUGGUUGAUCGGAACUACACCACCAUAAAUGCUACCAAGAAUCAAAAGCUGUGUUACCAGGCCUGUCUGAAGGAUUCACCCAGGUGUAGAUCUGCAAAUUACCGGCCUAGAGAUCAAGAAUGUGACUUGAACUGUGCCUCACACUUUGAUGUUUGUGCGGGUGGGGGAUUGGUCGAGCAGUCUGGGUCUCUCUACACCUUUACGGCAUCUGAGAUUGGGUGCCUGGAUUCUCCUGCCCCGACUUGUUGCGAGAAGUCAGCAGUAUUUUCGUGGGGAGACAAAGGGUCUGAAUGGAAACUGAUCUUCAAGGGGGUUGCUGGGACAGGAAUAAAGCUUUAUGAUCUCUGGACUAACACCACAGAUGUAUAUUCGGAGUGCUGUGGACACUGUUGUGGACAAGAGACGUUGUUCAACUAUUGGAAAAACGAACGAUUGAACGUCAAACGGGUCAAGCUGUCAUUGUAUGACCACACUGGGGUCAAAGUUGAAUUGGUAUUCAAUGGAACAGCAGACGUUACGAGCUGGUUCGCCAAGGAGCGUCUUGUAUCCUCCCCAUGGAGUGACCUGACACCAACCGCCAAAACAAUUUACUUCUCUGUCUUUGGAGAAGUGACCGACGGUUUGGUAGAUCGGCGGUUCUACAUCAGUAAAGAGCACAAUGGAUGUCCUUACGACCUUGGCUGGAUGGUGGUGGUAGACUCAAAACGAUAUUGCGAGUGGGAGCAAGGGUUCAGCAGUUAUCCUGCUAUAAUGUACAGCACUAUCAACACAGCAGUCAAUUGGAAGCAAGAAAGACUCGAUAAAACUUUGGGCAUAGCUGAUUACUUGACCAUCCACAUCGAUACGGAGUGAGACGAGACUCUAAAGCGAAUCCGCACCGAGCGUGACCUGUUGGUGUCGCGCUGCAGUUUUACACACCAUGGUGAACAACCCUGCGCGUUUUAAAUAAUAUAAUUUCAAACGCAAAUUUGAAAAGGUAAUUUUUUUUAGUCGAUUGAGUUUUUAAUUCUAAUUAUUUUAUAAAUUCAUGGGGAAAUUAUGUAGUGAAACUCAAAGGGACAUUUAAGUAACAAUUUUAAGUAAACAAAGAAUAUAAUAAUAUGAUAUGAUAUUUCUCACUAGUUGUUAUAGAUUGCUGUCAUAAUGAGUGUUAAAAAUGUUGUCAAGGUCAUAGGUCAUACAAACCAAUCAACGUGAUGUUAUUUUUUUAAUUGAAGGGCACAAUAGUACAUUAUUUGGUUCUGACGAACCUCAACAAAAUUUAAUGUAUUUUCUACAGUGUUUCUAUAUAUUUAUAUUUGAUUUGGUAUUUGAUUUGGUAUUUGAUGUGCAAUUUUUAUGUCGUUUUUGUCAUUGUGCCAUUUUGUUCCUUUGCUAUUUUUAUUGUCCGGAUCGCCUUUAGAUAGUGAUUAUUUUCGCUUUUUGGUUAUCCGCAGGCUUGUUCUCUGUGUAGUCUUAUUUUUUA